ACUGAGCCAAGAUAAAAAGGGGGAAAUUGAUUCUCUAGGGUUUAUCACACCCCCAAUUCCCAAAACCCCCAAAAUUCACUUGAACCAUGUCAACCAACGCUGAAGAUCUCUCUCAAUUCGACAUCUCCGUUCAGGAAAAGGACAAGCUCGUCGCCGAAGUCAUCCGCUACGUGCUCUUCAAGACCCACCACAACUCCGGCUGCCCAAUCCGGCGAGAGGAGCUGACCCAACUCAUCACCAAAAGCUACCGCCAGCGGAAUCUUCCGGUGAUGAUCAUCAACGAGGCAAUCACAAAGCUCUCCACCAUUUUCGGGUACGAAAUGCGGGAGCUUCAGCGGGCCCGGCCCUCCUCCAAUAACCACCAGGGCCGGAGUUCGCAACAAGGUGCGGCGGAGGCGGCGAAAACUUAUGUUGUUAUGAGUAAGCUGCCUGCUGAGGUGUACAAGAAGUAUGUUGAGGAUGUUGAUACGGCUCAUCGGACUGGUUUUACUUUUGUUGUGCUGAGCAUUGUGCAUAUUUCGGGUGGUAAAAUCUCUGAAGAGAACCUUUGGCAACAUUUGAAGCGGAUAGGACUGGAUGAAACCAAUGAAAGCCAUCCAGUUCUAGGAAACACAAAGCAAGCACUGGAGGCACUUGUCCAGCAAAGGUACUUGCAGAAGGACAAACAAAGUGGACCUGAAGGCAAUACUUUGAUAUAUGAGCUUGCUGAGAGAGCUUUGGAUUCUCAAGUUACUGCAAACUUGAAAGAUUACAUAUCACAGAUUGUGAAUAAAGAUGUUGGAGUGGAGGAUGAGUAGUGCCCUGCUGAUUGGAAUCUUACUGCAGACGUCUUCCAUUUUGUUGAUUGUCAACUGAAACAGUGCUGAGUAGGUCCCCGCUUGAUAUGUUUAGCUGGAGCGGGUACUCUUUUGCUUAAACCAGAUGAUAUAGUAUGUUGCUCCCACUCUCCUAAAUGUGAUGGGAGAAAAAGACACAUGGUUGUAUGCAGCCAGCUCUGUUGGCCAAAUUGACGGUUGUCAGUG